ACCAUUUCACCUUCGACCAGCAAAAAAUAUCUAACCUUCCAAAACCUACGGAACAGAAACUACCGCCUCUUAGGCCGUAGCUGACGAAUCUCUCUAAUCGGAUGACCGGUGAUUUGACGGCGUCCAAUGUUCUUAUGUUCCCAUCCAGGGACGAUUCCCUGUGAAACGUAGCCGUUUCUGCGAUCCUGCGUGAUGAGAUUUUAAGUGCUCGUUGUAGGACUUCGAAGAGCCUCGAGAAUGGAGCGGUCGCCGAACGCAGUGGGGACUGGCAUGGACAUGCCGAUCAUGCACGAUAGCGACCGAUACGAAUUCAUCCGAGACAUCGGCUCCGGCAAAUUCGGCGUCGCCAGGCUUAUGCGAGACAGGCGAACCAGUGAGCUCGUCGCCGUCAAGUACAUCGAGCGUGGGCAUAAGAUAGAUGAAAAUGUUCGAAGGGAAAUUAUAAAUCAUAGGUCUCUGAGGCACCCCAACAUUGUUCGGUUUAAGGAGGUCAUACUGACACCAACCCAUCUGGCUAUUGUGAUGGAGUAUGCAGCUGGGGGAGAACUUUUUGAUCGAAUUCGCAAGGCAGAACGUUUCAGUGAGGAUGAGGCUCGCUUUUUCUUUCAACAGCUAAUAUCUGGAGUCAGCUAUUGCCACUCAAUGCAAGUAUGUCAUCGGGAUUUGAAGUUGGAAAAUACUUUGUUGGAUGGCAGUCCUGCUCCUCGCUUGAAGAUAUGUGAUUUUGGGUACUCAAAGUCUUCUGUGUUGCACUCACAACCCAAAUCAGCAGUUGGAACUCCUGCAUACAUUGCUCCAGAAGUGUUACUUAGGCAGCCACAGAAUUAUGAUGGAAAGAUUGCGGAUGUAUGGUCUUGUGGGGUGACAUUGUAUGUCAUGCUGGUUGGUGCAUAUCCUUUUGAGGACCCUGAGGAACCAAGGGACAUCCGAAGGACAAUAAAUAGAAUUGUUCAGGUCCAGUAUUUAAUCCCAGCCGAUAUUCAAAUAUCUCCUGAAUGCCGACACCUAAUCUCAAGGAUAUUUGUUGCAGAUCCCAAGGAGAGAAUUACCAUGCCUGAGAUAAGGAACCAUGUGUGGUUUCUAAAGAACCUCCCCAUAGAGCUCACGCAGGAAAACACAAUGAACAACCAGUACGAAGAGCCUGAUCAACCUGUUCAGAGCAUUAAUGCGAUCAUGCAAAUAAUAUCCGAGGCCACCAUACCGCCAGUGGGACUGUAUGACAUGUACAUGGACGAUGAUGACACGGAAGAUUUAGACUCUGAUCCUGAUCUCGAUGCUGACAGCAGUGGAGAGGUCAUCUAUGCAAUGUGAAUACAAUAUUUCUCCCUUAAUUAGUGUUGAAAAUCAGUUUCCAUAUAUGUCAAAAGAACCGUGUGGUCUGAUGGGCCUGUAAUGUGAGAAAUUGAGCUUUUAAGUCUGGCACGGUAGGUUUUCCUCCACUGUUUGGGAAGCUAGUCAAGUCAGGUCAAGAUACUGGUAUAAUCUGCAGUUUUCGGUAUGCUCCCUUGGGGCAAAAAGCUUAUUCCUUUGCCCGAGCCCGGUGGCGCUUCUUUUCCUUAGAAUUGUUGUUUAUUUGUCAUUUUUGCAUUGCGUGGCGCUGUAUUUGGUUUCCAGUCUGUUAUAUAUAUAUCACGCGUCUUUCUAUCUA